AUGUCUAAACCAGACCAUCAUGACGAAGCAGAUGGACGGGAACGAAAUGGCCUUUUUGGCUUACAAACCUCGCUCCCCUUCCCUUUGAAUGAGAAAAGAGUCUCCCUGGCAGAUUCCUCGGACCAGCCUAUCGGCGACAAUCUCCACGAGCUUUCCGAUAAGCAAAUCUCCAAGCUCUUGCAACUUAAGUUUCAUAGCAACCCAAUGUUGCUUAUUCGCCAGCUUUCAAAGGACCUCUCGACUAAAGAAUCCGAGCUAAUAUUGCUUAGAAAGGAAAAAUUCCAACGAGAACACGAGCUUUACAGACUAUGCACCGAGUACGGCAAUCUAUCUAGAAUGGAGAUUGAUAAGAGGCUCAAUGCGCUCAAGAUCGAGGACGAUGUACAUAAAGUGGUUUCAGAAUUGAUAGAAACGGCAAUCAAUGAUGUGCCACGGCCGCUAAGGUCAAAACAGAGGAAGUCGAAGUCUCCUACACAAUCUCGAGAGAUAUCUAAAAAUGGCAAUAUCAGCCGCAAUGACUCUAGAGAAAGAAGUUACACAGAGCCAAGAGCAGCAAAUGCUGCCAGAUUGGAGCUUUCUACCAGCAAAUUAGAGCUGCUGGCGGACAAAAAUGACCGCAGACUGGGCCAUUGGUACAACUGGCUAAAUCGAUCUGAAGAGGCGCUUUCUUCUGGAUCGUCCACCAGUCUUAACCGUUUCAGGGCCCUCAGCGCAAAUGGAUUCAGAAAAGAUUCUGGAAAGGUACCAGUGGAGUUGGAGAGUAUGGGCUUUGACAGUGACACCAUGCUCCCUUCUCCAGAUCCUAAUAUUGAUAGGCAUGGUUUCUACAAUGAUACAAGCAUGACCAAACCGCCGCCAAGAACACCAGAAAUAGCCAAGGACAGCGAUCUGACGUUUGCAGAGGCUACCAUUUCAACGUUUGAGAUCUCCAAGAGCAUCAGUACAUUGAAACAGCUCGGAGAACUCCAUGACGCCAAAAACGAAGAGCACGUCCGUAGAUGGGACGUUUUCAUGCGGGAAAUCAAAAAAGAUGGUAUUCGAAACAAUCAAGACGAACAGGAAAUCUUUGGGGUCAAAGCUUUGAAUCUCAAGAAGCACGAUGGGUUGAGCAAGUUCUUUGGGUCUGGCGAAGAAGAGAAAAACGAAGAAUCUCGUCAAUUCAAAAGCCUCCAUCGUCUCAUCAAUAGCGGGGGAAUUCCUCCCAAGUAUAGAAACGAGCUCUGGUUUGAGGUUUCCGGAGCUAAGAAUAAAGAGGUCCAUGGCGAAUACGAUCGUUUGUUGGACAUAGCAAGAACGAGCACUGAUUCUGAAAUCCAGGCUCAUGUGGAGCAAAUCAACCUCGAUCUUCAUCGGACGCUUCCGUCUAACAAAUAUUUCAACGACAUGGCCACAUCGCAACCGGGCCCACAUUUCUAUAAGCUCCAGAACAUUCUAUAUGCUUUCGUCGCUUUCAAGCCUGAGGUGGGAUACUCACAAGGCAUGAAUAAAAUCGUGGGAAACAUGUUACUUGGGGUGAGUGAAGGUAACACUAUGGGCACGCGGCGACUCAGCGAAGAAGACGUGUUCUGGAUCUUUGUUUCGUUCACCGAAGAUUGUCUUCCGAAGUACAAUCAGCUUGAUUACUUCCACAAGGACUCACUAGCUUUCAUUCUGCGAGACUGUGGAAUUGUGCAAAAGGCUUACUUUCCGAGGUAUUUGGGAGAACUUCACCAUCACUUUGAAAAGUUGGGUGUUGAUGUUCAGGUCAUUUUGUUGGGAUGGUGGCUUGGAGCCUUUACUGACAAUUUUGCUUCUGUAGAGCUCUGGUUUAAAUUUUUGGACAGUGUGCUAAUCACCGAAUGUGUGGAGGUGAAGUUUGUGAGUUACAGUCUCUCGUUUUUCAAACUCUUCGAGAAGACGUUAAUGGAGCACGAACGGCCGGAAGAUAUCUACAAGCUCAUGUAUAACCUCAAACUGUCGCAAGUGAAUCAGACCAACAUUCGGUUCCAAGAUCUAAUCCAAAUCAACAAUGAGUUUGAGAAGAGCAUGAGUGGGGGCGAGUUGGAGGCUCUACGUGGGAGCUAG